AGACAAUAUACUCUCACAACAGUGCAGCAGAGAACAGGGAACAAGACCACAGCUCAUUUUCAGUACAACACAGACAUGUUUCUAUCUUUUCGCCUGGUAGUAGAUCACAGUACCUGAAAUAAAAGUGAGCAAAGUACAUAUCUGAUGAAUGUCUCAUAACUGACACAUUAGUUUGGUACUGGGUGGAAUAAUGGUGACUCUGAAACACUUGAGUGUUAAGGAUAAUAAGGAAGACAGCGUUCCUCUGUUACCGGAAGCCAGCAGUUUAGAGGACCCCACAACCCAAAACUGGAGGGCAGAGUCCAGGGAAUUCUUCAUCAGCCGGAGGAACAAUCUUAUUUUAAGCAUAUUUCUGUUGUUGAGCUGUUACUCUGCACUUCUGGUUCCUGCAUAUCUGCCAACCCCAGAGCUGACCUGGACUAAUGACAGUUCUAAUGAAACUCUGGCUCUUCUGAAUCACUCAGCAGCUCUGCUGACUCAGUCAUGUCGCAGUAGGUGGAGUGUGGAGAGAGUGAGUACACUGUCUACACCCGCUGGGCUCCUAAAGAUUCCUGUGUUCCUGGAGAAUGCCACGGGCGACUGGGAACUGCCCCCUCCUCUGGGUCUGCAGGGCACUGAGGAGAUGGUGGCUCAGGCCCUAAGAGCUUUACCUCAAACUGGAUUGCCCUUUGGCACUGAGACCUGCAGAAAAUGUGUGGUGGUUGGAAGUGGUGGCAUUUUACAUGGCAAAAAUCUUGGACCUCAUAUCGACCAGUAUGAUAUUAUACUCAGAAUGAACAAUGCUCCAGUACUUGGGUUUGAGAAAGACGCUGGCUCUAGAACUACCAUUCGACUGAUGUAUCCAGAAGGAGCUCCGUCCCUGGCACAAGAAUACAAGAGUACUGAAGUGUUGGCCUUGGUUGUAUUCAAGAGCUUAGAUUUAGCCUGGCUGACCUCUGUAGUAACAAAUGAACCUCUGAGUUGGUGGUCUAAAAUAUGGUUCUGGAAGAGUGUGAUUGACUCGAUUCCUCUGAAACCAGAAAACUUUCGCAUCCUGAACCCUGAAAUUAUGUACAGGACUGGACAGGUGCUGCAGACUUAUGCAGAGCAACAGAAAAAGAUGGUGCCAACCCUGGGCAUAAUUGCAGUAGUUCUAGCCCUGCAGGUGUGUGAUGAGGUGAGUCUGGCUGGAUUCAGAUAUGACCUGCAGCACCCUGGAGCCCUGCUCCAUUACUACGAGUCUAUCCGCAUGGACGCUAUGAAGACACAGGUGGUCCAUGAUGUCAGUGCUGAGACCAGCUUACUGAGGGAACUGGUUAAAGCCGGAGCAGUGCAUGAUCUCACAGGUGCAUUAUGAUCUCAUCAGAGAUGGUAAAACAGUUGGGAGGAGUUAUCUUCUAUUACAAGGUGGAAAUAAGAUGACAAUCAAUGAAAAUGAAGUCUAUUUUUAGGAACAUCAAUAUUGUCAUUAUCAUUUUUGGGUGAAAUAUGACCUGGAGAUUCCUUUGCGAGAUUCACCCAAUAAAUGAAAAUACAGAAACUUUUAAUUUGCUUUUUAAAAAGUAAUUGAAUUGAAUCUAAAACCAAAGCCACAUAAAUGAUAUAUAUAUAU